GACACACUGACGAGCGACGAUGGAGAAUAUUAAAGUGCUAUUAUUUUAUAUCGUGAUAAUCGUGAUAUUGCUCGACUCAAAUGUUGUUCAGUCUUCUGUGACUAUAUCGAAUGCACGCAGUCGCUUUGAGAUUCACUAUUCAGGCCAAGUGUCGCAAAUAGUUGAAAGUCUUUCGGAAUGGGCGAACAAAUCUGCGAUAUACGAGGCGAAAUUAGAUGAUUUGCAACUUUUGAGAAAUACGCGAAUUUUUUCACCGAAACGUGGUUCCUGCAUUAUCAGCGAAAGAGAAAGUUUUAACUCGGAAAACCAGACGAGAUUGAGUGAGCGAAUUAGAAAAACCUCGACAAAGAGAAUUACAUUUGUUGAAAUAGCAAAGAAACUUGGCAUACAACACACGCACAGAAAUUCCAUGGCAACUCGCCCGCGGUGCAUUAUGGAUUUCAUUAUUCCGAGACUGAACUCGUCCAAGACCGUAAAACUGGAGGGGGAGUUCUGCGUCCCCGAGCACCUAACCGGCGGAGCAGCGGUUGGCGAUUACGAUAACGAUGGACUUGAUGACAUAUUUUUCGCCGUUUUUCAUAGUCGAAGCGUGCUAUACAGAAACAACGGUGAUAAAACUUUCACGGAUGUUACAAGAGAGUCUGGGAUAGGUCCUGCGCGUUACGCCAAUGGCGCAGCCUGGGCUGACGUGGAUCAAGAUGGCGACCUUGACCUUUACGUGACGGCUGUCGGUGAUACACGCCAUUAUCUGUUUAUUAACUAUGGCGGCCAGUUCGAAGAAGAAGCUCUGACGAGGAAUUGUUCGUUGCAAUUUCCUAACAAACGAAAGCUUGCAGGCAUGUCGGCCAACUUUGGAGAUUUUAACAACGAUGGUUACCCUGAUUUAUACGUCACGGAAUGGAUACCACAUUCGCUAGGAAAGCCAUCAGCUUCCCGUCUUCUACGGAACAAGGGUGCCGUUUCGCCUGGGCAUUUCGAAGAUGUGACGGAAAUGUACCGUGUAAAUAUGGACGAGUUUAACUUGGAGGAAUAUGACUUAGGUUCAGGAACUUAUUCUUUCGCGUCAUCGUUUACUGAUUUUGACAACGAUGGUCUUGCAGACCUGCUCGUGACAGCCGAUUUUGGCGAAAGUCGCAUGUUUUGGAAUUUGGGCAGCGUAUUUUGGGAAUGCACUGAGUAUUGUGGCUUAAGAGCGUUUCAGGAUGCAAUGGGACACGCCAUCGGUGACUGGAAUAAUGAUGGAAAAAUGGAUUGGUUUUCAACCGCAAUAAAGGACGAUAAAGUAAAUUGCUGGCAAGUUGGUUGUACGUUUGAUAAUGAAGGAAAUCGACUUUAUCAAAAUCUUGGUUCUAGGCGGUUUGAUGACAUAACUAGCAAGGCUGGAGUUGCCGACGGAAGUUGGGGUUGGGGAGCAGCUUUUUUGGAUUUCAAUAACGACGGUUAUCAAGACAUUGUCAUGACCAACGGAGUUGAUUUUCCAACAACAACAACAGAUGAUCAUUUUGACAGCAAGCGAAUGCGAUUGUGGAAAAAUCUGGGCGAAGGAUACGAUGGAAAGACUAGCGAAGUUUCGCAAGAACUUGGGUUGAACACGACAAAACAGGGAAGAGGCUUGUUAAAAUGGGAUUUUGAUGAUGACGGGGAUGUUGAUAUCGUGAUUUGCAAUAACAUUGGCCAUCCAGAGAUUUACGAGAAUCGAGGAGGAAAUAAAGCUAACUUUUGGAUCAAAAUCAAGGUCAUGCAUAAAUGUCAACAAGAACCACGAUUACUUUGCGACAGUCUUGGAGCCAGAAUUCACGUGAAACAAAAAAGUAUCAACUUUACUCAGACCCAAGAAAUCGGUUCAAGUACACAUUUCUUAGCACAAAGUGAAAGGAUAGCUCAUUUUGGUCUGGGUUCAAAAUCAAACAACGUCACGGUGCAUGUAAAGUGGCCCGCAACGGGAUCCCAGCUUUAUGUUUACAACGUCCCAGUCAACACAAAAUUACAAGUCGUUCAACCAGAUAGCGGCAUCAAACAUACCAAUUACUCGUCGCUGGAAUCUUGUUCUACAUUGAAAAUGACCGAAAUUACAAAGCAGCCAAAACAAGGGCGAGUUGAGAUAAACUCAGGUCACCGCACAGUUCGUUUCCUAUCGGACCAAGUCGGAUCGCUCGAGGACUUUGAACAACAAGAUUUUUCCUACAAAGUGCAAAUAUUUCCGAACAACAGUAAUUCUGUGAGUGUCGAGCGUUCAGCAACGAUAUACGUGAGCGAAGUGAACGAAAACUGCAAGGACGGAAAGCCGAUUGAGCACGAAAGUCUACGACGGACUAACGAAAGGAGAUACGAUGGUGUAUCGAACAACAAGCAGCACGUCAUGUGGGGUGCAGUGAGCGAGAAUCUUCGCCGCCGUACGUCGCCGGCUUAUUCCGACGGAAUAGCCACUCCUGCAAGUGUCUGCGUUGCAAAGCAACGGCUCAACGAUACCUGCCCCUAUACUCAAGAGUACAGCGGUUACGGCUCCACAAGACCUUCACCACGUCUCAUUAGCAAUGUACUGUUUCGACAAAGUCGAUCGAUCAUCAGUGAACGAAAAAUAAACGAUUUUCAUGUUCACUUUGGACAAUUUUUAAGUCAUGAUACCGACCUAACUACCAUGAUGCCAAGAUUUGAAUUCCAAAACAACCUGAACGAUGUGUGGCUGCCAAUAACUGUGCCAAAGGGAGACGUCUAUUUUGAUCUUGGAAAUUCCGAUUCAUCAUAUCUACCAUUUGUAAGAUCUAUUUACAACAGAUGCACGGGCCGCGAGGCAGGCACUCCAAGAGAACAAGUCAAUCUUAUAUCAUCUUACAUCGAUGGCAACAUGAUUUAUGGAAGCGAUCCUGAAAGAAACAAAGUACUCCGAACAUUGUCAGAAGGAAAAAUGAAAAUUUGGGAACACGAGAUGCUGCCUUUAAAUCAAUUUGGUGCGGCGAAUUCGAACGAUGUUGGUCGUUUGACGAAACGGCUUUUCUUGGCUGGGGACACGCGUGCUAACGUCCAGCCUGGACUUACAGCCGUGCAUACGGUCUUUGUUCGUGAACACAACAGACUUUGCGAUGAAUAUCUCAAAAAUAAACCGAAUGCGAAUGAUGAGGAGGUUUUUCAGCAUGCAAGAAAGAUGGUCAUUGCAGAACUGCAAGCUGUAACAUUUCGAGAGUAUCUACCCUCGCUCCUUGGAGGAUCAGAAGAUAUACCAUCAUACGCAUAUUAUGACGAUAGAGUCGAUGCCACAACUGACCACUCUAUGACCACAGCUGCAUUCAGGUUUGGCCACAGCCAAAUAAACAGUUUGCUGUGGCGUCUUGACGAACAUGGUGAGGCAAUUCCCGAAGGACAUUUACAACUGAGAGAGGCGUAUUUUGCACCUGAAAGAAUCAUCCACGAGGGUGGUAUUGAUCCGAUCCUCCGCGGAUCCUUUGCCCAACCCGCUCAACAGGUUGAUACCAAGAUGGUUGACGAGGUGCGAAGUUUUUUGUUUGCAUUUAAUCGUCGUGGUCAGGAUCUGACCUCUAUCAAUAUUCAGCGUGGUCGAGAUCACGGUGUGGCUGAUCUGAAUACUGUGCGAGAGAGCGUUGGCUUGCCAAAAUACAAGUCGUUUGACGAGAUAACAAGUGACAGCGAAAUCGUAUCAAAACUGAAAAAAUUAUAUGAAUACGUGGAUAAUGUUGAUCUGUGGGUCGGUGGUCUGGCGGAGGAGCAUCGUAGAGGAGAACUGGGACCGACAUUCAGAAAGAUUAUUCUCGAUUCGUUCCUACGUAUUCGCGAUGGGGAUCGAUUCUGGUACGAACAGAUCCUAUCACCUGAGGAAAUCGAUGCCGUGAAUAAUUUGACCUUAUCGGAGAUUAUCCGUCGCAAUACGAACAUAACCCACGUUCCACGCCACGUAUUCUACUCAACUCGACAUUGCAGUGACGUGAUAGACGAAGAGUGUGUUCCCUACGCCAGCGAACCGCCGAUGGACCCAAAAAAGCGCCUGAAAAAUCUGGAGCGAACCGUUUUGGAACUUCGCGUCAAGUGCGAGAAGUUGAAAAUCGCGCUGGCUCAAAGGGAGAACGAAAAUAAAGAUUUAACAAAUCGACUAAUGUCCUUCCAACAAGAAAACAACUCGACUUUGAACGGCACGUAUGAACAAACGGAGGAAAGAAAACUAUCGGCAAAUGAUCUGACCAUGGAACUGAAAUUUCGCAUCAUAGUCCUGGUUUUAAUCGGCGUAUUGUUCACAACCACGAUGGUAUGUUUCGUGCUCUAUCUUCGAGCAAAGAAGCAAUGCAAAAAACUCCAUUCACAAUUUGCGGACGGCGGUUUCGUCAAAAAGAUUACAAAAACCACAGCGCUUUAGUAAUGAAUUAUUAACUUAUUCCUAUAUUUGGAGUAUUAUAAAUACGUAUUGUCGCGACCUAUCGCGCAGAUGAAUUUGUAUAUAUUCUAUAAACUGGAGAUUUUAGAUUGCAAAUAUUCACAAAAUUA